GAAGAUCAUCACCUUUGUGAGGAACGAGCUGCAGAGAUUGAAGAUUGAAGAGGAUUCUUAGUCCAGAUUAGCAAGACAUAUUUGAGGAGAGAGGACCAUGACGCGUCGCUUCCUAGGAUGCAUCAGAGGGGAUAUGGAUGAUGAACAGAAGCUGGAUAGAGGGGAUAUGAAUGACAAAAGGAGAGAAAAUGAAUUGGUUGUAAUUCAGGCUGAGCUGAAAAGAAAUCUCAAGACCAAUCACGAGAAAGUGUUUGAGGGAAUUCCCAAGCAAGGCGGAUCUGCUCUGCUAGAAAAGAUCUACACAGAGAUCUACAUCACAGAGGGAGGAAGUGGGAAAGUAAAUCAGGAGCAUGAAGUCAGGCAGAUUGAGUCCAUAUCAAAAAGACCACCUGGACAGGAGAAACAAAUCAAAUGCAGUGACAUCUUUAAGCCCUUACCUGGUCAAGACAAACCAAGCAGAAGAGUUAUGACUAAAGGGGUGGCUGGCAUUGGAAAAACCGUCUCCAUUCAAAAGUACAUCCUGGACUGGGCUGAAGGAAAAGACAACAAAGAGAUCCACUUCAUUUUCCCAUUGCCUUUCCGGGAGCUCAACCUCAUGAGAAACCAACAGUAUUCCUUAAUGGGCCUUCUUCACCACUUCUUUCCAGAGCUGAAGAAGUUAACCUUUAGCAGCCAGGAGAAAUAUAAAGUGCUGUUCAUCUUUGAUGGUCUGGAUGAAUGUCGGCUUCAACUGAACUUUCAGAAGAAUGAAAGAUGGUCUGAUGUGGCGGCUGUCACAUCUCUGGAUGUGCUCCUGACAAAUCUCAUCAAGGGCAAUCUGCUUCCCUCUGCUCUACUUUGGAUAACCUCCCGGCCAGCAGCAGCCAGUAAGAUUCCUCCUGAGUGUGUUGACCUUGUCACAGAGAUACAGGGCUUCAAUGACUCACAGAAGGAGGAGUACUUCAGGAAGAGAGUCAGUGAUAAGAGUCUUGCAAGUAGAAUCGUUUCUCACAUUACAUCAUCAAGGAGCCUCCACAUCAUGUGCCACAUACCUGUGUUUUGCUGGAUCACUGCUUGUGUUCUUGAGAUGAUUCUCAGCUUGUCGGCAGGAAAAGAGCUUCCGAAGACGUUGACAGAGAUGUACACAUUUUUCCUGAUCUUUCAAACCACACAGAAGAACCAAAAGUAUGAAGAUGUGAAUGACCUUGAGCCACAAUGGAACCAGGGUCUUAUCCUUGAUCUUGGAAAGCUAGCUUAUGAAGAGUUGGAGAAGGGCCGUCUGAUCUUCUAUAAAGAGGACCUGAGAGAGUGUGGCAUUAAUGUCAAAGAAGCUGCAGUGCGCUCUGGUGUUUGCACUCAGAUCUUCAGAGAAGAAUCUGGAAUCUUUCAAGCGACAGUGUUCUGCUUUGUCCACCUGAGUAUCCAGGAGUAUCUUGCAGCUCUGUAUGUGUUUCUGGAGAUGAGAGCCCUAAAGACAGAUGUGCUGUCCGUACACCAAGCUCCCUCUGGGGAGGAAAACUCCAUGACCAUCUUACACAAGAGUGCUGUGGACAAAGCUCUGGAGUAUGAAGAUGGUCGCUUUGACCUCUUCCUCCGUUUCCUUCUUGGUCUUUCUCUGGAGUCCAACCAGACUCUCCUGCAUGGCUUACUACAGAGAGGACAGGGACAGAUAAACCAUGAUGAAACAAUCAGUUACAUCAAGGAGAAGAUCAGGGAGGCCCCUUCCUCAGAGAGGGUGAUCAACCUCUUCCAUUGCCUGAAUGAACUGAAUGACCACUCCUUAGUGGAGGAGAUCCAGAGCUUCCUGAGUGCAGGGACACUUUCUGAAGCGCAGCUCUCACCUGGCCAGUGGUCAGCGCUGGUGUUUAUCCUGCUGACAUCAGACCAGAAGCUGGAUGUGUUCGACCUGAAGAAGUACGUCAGAUCUGAUGAAGGUCUCCUGAGGCUGAAACCAGUAAUGGAAGAAUCCCAAACUGUUCUACUGGCAGACUGUGGUGUUACUGGAGAAGGAUAUGCUGCUCUGGCCUCAUCUCUUCAAUUAAACCCCUCACACCUGGAGGAGCUAGACCUGAGAGGAAACGACCCUAGACACUCUGAAAUGAAGCUACUUAUUGAUUUAUUACAGGAUCCUGACUGUAAACUGCAGACAUUGAGACUUAUGAGCUGCAGCAUAACAGCAGAGGGUUGUGCUGCUCUGACUUCAGCUCUGACAUCAAACCCCUCAUCACACCUGAAAGACUUGCAUCUGAGCGAUAAUAAACUUGGAGACUCUGGAGUGAAGCAUAUCUCUACUCUACUCAGUAAUCCAGACUGUAAACUACAGACACUGAGGCUUGUGAACUGCAAUAUAACAGCAGAGGACUGUGCUGCUCUAGCUUCAGCUCUGACAUCAAACCCCUCAUCACACCUGACUGAUGUGAAUCUGAGUGAAAAUAAAAUAGGAUACUCUGGAGUGAAGCAGAUCUCUACUCUACUCAAGAAUCCAGACUGUAAACUACAGAAACUGAGGCUUGAGUCCUGCAGUAUAACAGCAGAGGGCGGUACUGCUCUGGCUUCAGCUCUGACAGCAAACCCCUUGUCACACCUGACUGAUCUGUAUCUGUGGGGUAAUAGAGUAGGAGCAUCAGCAGGGCAGCAGCUCUCUGCUCUGGAGGAAGAUCCCAACUACAAACUACAGACAGUACUCUUUGUUGACCCUGAAGACACUGAAGAUGCUGAAGACGCCAAAAACACCAAAGACGUCAAAAACGCCAAAGACAAAUCAUGUGGAAUAUCAUAG